ACAAUUUUGUGCGAAAUCUCGUCUCUCCCCACGAAACAUUAUUGGCCUGCUUGCUCGUUCCUGUCUCGACUGCCACUCCCUUUUGCUCCGACGCCGCAUUUCUGCUUCGCCGUUGUUGCCACCGUAGAGUUCACUCAUCGCCGCACAGACCACCUAAGUUUUGUGGAAAAUGAAGAAAGGAUUGCACCCUCAGAUGCAAUGGAUAUCUUACGUGACGCAGAGUGGUCGAUUGAUAAAUGUUAUGAUGACAAAAAUACAUAGUGUUGGUAAAGUUUAUCACUUGAGGGCGAAACGCCAAAUGGCUGCAAGUGUAGGACAGAUUGCUAAGUUUAACCGUCGUUAUGGGCUGGAGAAGCCAGAGAACACAGAGAACAAUGAGAAAUGAACUAAGGAUGCCAAGGAAGAUUGGGUAGCUGUGGUUGGAUUUAAAUAUCUAUGUUGUGGAAUAAACGUGUGUCAUUGGUGAAAUGAAGUGAAUUUGUUUUGCAUUUUACAAAUGGUUGAAUUUUAGAACAUGUCUGUUUUGAUAAAAUAGUGGUUACAAAGGUGUUUGAGAGUU